ACCUCGAAAAACAUUAUAGUUAUGUUGUCUGUCGACUAUCGGUAUUCGAAAAAGGCGCAAUUUAACGGUAUCGUGCGCGCUUGUUGUUAUUGUUAUUUGUUUUCAGUUUUGAUUUCAUAAUAAAUUCGUUUAUGAGGUCCGUGUCAACAAGGCAUCGUGCAUUGAUUGCAUUCGUGCUCUCCUCGUCAUUCGUCACUCGUUAGUCGCAAUCACACGUCGAAGAGACCGGAAAUCGGAAUUGGAAAUCCAUUUGAACGUUAAACGCUUAAACCUAUAGAUUUAUGUACUACAGUUCAAUACUUCAAUGUAGGCACACAUUGUGUUCGAGUCUCAUUAUUAGUACUCGUCGUUUCUAUGACACUUGGGCCAAUCCUAAAAGCUUUGGACCUUAGUCCGCUCCUCUGAUCUCGUCUACUGAUUGUACUCUUACUAAAAUCCCGAUGGCUAGCCGCCAAUCUGUUAGCUCUAUACUGAAGCCACCCAAAGUUCGGGCACCUCUAAAAGAAAUUGAAUCGGUUGAUCAAGAUGCUGAUGAAAAUACUGCAACAUUGGCCAAAAGGAAAGUAAGUUUUUCAGGAAUGAAUAAAAUAAAAAUGUACAACACAGGUGCUACAUCUUUAACUGUACAUCAAGCUCCUAUGUUUGAUGAGCAAAUUUCAAUGUUAUCUGAUUCUUCAAAUGCAGAGAAACCUAAAUUAUCAGGAAAGUUUGAGAAAUCUGAUACUCAAAUUAGCAUUGAAUCAACUAAUUGUACCAAUUUAGAAGAUAAUGGCCGUAUUAUUAUUGAGUAUGAAAGUCCAAAUGAUAAUAUGGAAAUGACCGAAGCACUAUCAGGUAAAAUAUUGUCAGAUACCAUUUAUACUAUUGAUAAUAAUGGUUCUGAGCAUAUUAGUUACAGUUCAGAUUAUUCGGAGAAUAGUAUGGAAUUCACAGAAGCAGUAAAAGUAAGCCAAAUUUUAUCAGGGGAUAAUAGCUGUACUUCUUUAAGUUCUACUGAAAUGUCUGAAACAUUGGAUGAUGAAAGUGAUGAUGAACCGGUUAGUCAAUUAGGUCUUAAACCUACAACACCAUUAUCUGAUGUGCUUAUUAAAAAUCCUUCGAAUGUAAGUUCAAGUUCUAGUUGUAUGGAUUUCACCUGUGCUAAUGCUAAAUCUAACCUAUUCUAUAAUACUCAAUCAAGUAAUAUGGAAUUAACUGGACAAAAUAUGACACUUAAAUCUUCAAAAUCUAUUUCGUCAAAUGAUGAUUAUAAAUGUAUGAGUAUGGAAUUGACACAAUUACCUGACAGGCAAACAUUUGAAGAUAAUUAUGAAUUGGUUUAUGAAUAUAGCCAACAUUCUGUAAGUAUGGGAUCAGAUAUAUCUUGUGAAAUUCAAGAAAAACAAAAUUGUGAAUUACAAAUUGCACAAACUGAAAAAAUAGAAAAAAAUAAUCUAAAUCAUCAAACAAUUGGUUGUGUGUUAAACAAUUCUGAUAAUAGAGAAGCUUUUAUUGAAGAAUUAUCAUCAAGUAUGGUUUCAAUGGACAUUGAUCCAACAUUGGAAGGUAAUGAAUUUGAUAUUAGUUAUGUAAAUGUUGAAGACCCACUAUUAGUUGCUAACAAACAAAAUCAUUCAACAAUAACAACGACAGUAGGAGUAGAAGAUAGUAGUAUUCUUGAAAAAAGUUUGCUGGAUAAUUACUCAAAUGUUAUUGAUAUUACUAAUCAAAAUAAUGAAUCUAGACUAUCUAUAUUCCCUACAAGUUCAUCAUUUGUUGUAAAUAUGUCUCCAGAAAAUAAUCUAAACAAAUAUGUUGAAGUUGAAGAACUUCUACAACAAACAUUAUAUGGUCAUACAUCUGUGUUAGAUGAAAAUCAAUAUCUCGAAAAUAAUAAACCAUUAGUUGUUGAUAAACAUGCACCAAAAAAAUAUUCAAGAAAAACAAUGAUUCACACAUGCCCAUUAAUUGUUCAAGACAAGGCCUAUGAAAAUGAAGAAAUGCCUGGAACAGUCAAUAGUAAUCAACAAAAAUAUUAUUCUAGAAAAUCAAUUGCUCCUACAACUGUGUUAUCAGAUGUAUUGGUGGAUAUAUCUGAAACACUUGAAGAAAACCAGCAGCAAAAGUGUUCUUUACAAUCAAUUUCCGUGUCUGAUUUUAAUCAAACUCAGUCUCUCGAAACUGAAAAUUUAUCAGAUACAUCUGGAAUAGUCAAAGAAAAUCAUCAAAAUAAUUAUUCUAGAAAAUCUGGUGCUCCUACAUCUGUGUUUAAUGGGGAUGUAUUGGAUACAUCUGAAACACUUGAAGAAAACCAGCAGCAAAAGUGUUCUUUACAAUCAAUUUCCAUGUCUGCUUUUAAUCAAACUCAGUCUCUCGAAACUGAAAACUUAUCAGAUACAUCUGGAAUAGUCAAAGAAAAUCAUCAAAAUAAAUAUUCUAGAAAAUCUGUUGCUCCUACAUCUGUUUUUAAUGAAGAUGUAUUGGAUAUAUCUGAAACAUCUGAAGAAAACCAGCUGCAAAAGUGUUCUUUACAAUCAAUUUCCAUGUCUGCUUUUAAUCAAACUCAGUCUCUCGAAACUGAAAACUUAUCAGAUACAUCUGGAAUAGUCAAAGAAAAUCAUCAAAAUAAAUAUUCUAGAAAAUCUGUUGCUCCUACAUCUGUUUUUAAUGAAGAUGUAUUGGAUAUAUCUGAAACAUCUGAAGAAAACCAGCUGCAAAAGUGUUCCUUACAAUCAAUUGCCAUGUCUGAUUUUAAUCAAACUCAGUCUCUCGAAACUGAAAACUUAUCAGAUACAUCUGGAAUAGUCAAAGAAAAUCAUCAAAAUAAAUAUUCUAGAAAAUCUGUUGCUCCUACAACUGUUUUUAAUGGGAAUGUAUUGGAUACAUCUGAAACACUUAAAGAAAACCAGCAGCAAAAGUGUUCUUUACAAUCAAUUGCCAUGUCUGAUUUUAAUCAAACUCAGUCUCUCGAAACUGAAAACUUAUCAGAUACAUCUGGUGGAAUAGUCAAAGAAAAUCAUCAAAAUAAAUAUUCUAGAAAAUCUGUUGCUCCUACAUCUGUUUUUAAUGAAGAUGUAUUGGAUAUAUCUGAAACACCUGAAGAAAACCAGCUGCAAAAGUGUUCUUUACAAUCAAUUGCCAUGUCUGCUCUUAAUCAAACUCAGUCUCUUGAAACUGAGGAUGUACCAAAUACAUCUGCAUAUAAUCCAACUAAAUUAGUGGAAAAAUGUGACACAUCUGAGUGUAAUUCAACUCAGUCUGCUGAUGAAGAAGAAACAUCUUUAUAUAAUUCAACUCAGUCUGCUGAAAAAGGUGAAACAUCUAUAUAUAAUUCAACUCAGUCUAUUGAAAAAGAAGAAAAAUCUUUAUAUAAUUCAACUAAGUCUGCUGAAAUAGAAGAUACAUCCGCCAAUGUUGAAGAAUAUGAGCUAAAAAGAUAUUCUAGAAAAUCAAUUGGUCCCGCUUCUUUAGUAUUUACUCAUAGUGAAUCUCUAGAUAAUAGUAUUUUGAAUAAUUCAUUGGACAUUGAAGAAAGAUAUGAAUUAAAAUCUGAAAAGGGAAAGAGUCCUGUGAUUCCAGUAUCUGUUAAUAAUCUGUCUAUACUACAAUCAGAUGUACCUAGCCAGUAUGAACAAAAAUUAAUUCCAAAAAGCAAACACCAAUCUGUAUUGCUUAAUAUAAUUAGUGAUGAUAACUGUAAUUCACCUUUCAGGAAAAAACCAAGAAAAUCUAUAGUUCCAACACAAUUAGCAAGACCACCUGUUGAAGAUCCAUGUAUUAAAAAUGAAUUGGAAACUACUGAUGAUAAUAUUUUAGGAAAUUUUGAAAAUGUUAGUAAAAUGGAUAUAUCAACAGAUAUAUCAAUGGAUAUAUCAAUUGAACAUGAAUUUAAAAGUGACAAUGAAAUUUUAGUUGUUUCAAAAGAAGGCGAAGAACUUAAUGAACAUACUGUACAUGGUGAUAUAUUAGAAACAAAUAAAGAAAAUCAUGUUAUGACAGUUAAUGAAUUAGAAAUAAACAAAACAAAUUCAAAUGAAUUUAUCAAAGAUAAUGUCAUUUUUGAAGAAAGUGAAAAAAAAAAUGAAGAAAACAAUAAAAACGACUCUAUUAAAGUAACUGACUAUAAUAUAGUGACCAAUCAUAUUUUAAACUCAGAUAAUCAUUCAUCCAGUUGUAGUGUAGAUGAAACUACAAAAUCGGAUGAAAUGUUUCAAAACAAUGAAAAAUCAUGUCUGGUAAAUCGAAAAAGAAGUUACAGCAAUAGAGAUUGUGUACCUUUAUCUUGUUCUUCAUUUACGUCUAAACCUAAUAUUCACAAUAGUAUGGAAGAAGAUUUAAACACGGAUGAUAUUAUACAACAAAGUCCUAUUAAAAAUGAUAUUGAUAACAUGAGCUUAGAUAAUGAACAAUUAGCAAUAGGUAAUGAACUUGAAGUAGAAUUGAUUAAAAAAGAAUCCAUAAAAGAAAGUUUGUGUAGUGAAUGUUUAGAAUUUUUAACAAGAUGGAAUAAGCAAUUUAUUGAAAAAAAAUUAACUCUUGAUAAGUGCACAAACAGAGAAUGGAUUUUUAAUUUAUUAGAUAGUAAUAUCAUUUUAACAGUAACAUAUUCAUUUAUUUCUAAUAACUAUUCAUUGCUUAAAGUGGAGGAUAUAUCAUUUACCGCAAAGACCAUUACCAAAAAUGAAAUAAUAAAAUUUGGGAUAAAUUGGAUCUUAGCAAAAUACAACCCAAAGGUAUACAAGCAAAUAUGUUUUACUUCAAGAGAUGUAGAAUUAUUAUUAAAAUCUUUGUUAGAAGAUGUUGACUUUAUUAGUAAAGUAAUGAACAAUAUGUCUUAUGUAAGUGAUUUAUAUUGUGUUACAUUUAAAGAUAAUAAGGCUCAAUUUGUAAUACAUAACAUGAAAUGCCUAUUGAUGGUUCGUAUUGAGAUAACAUUAUCUAAUGUUCAUAAGCUUUCUUUUAAAGAUCUGUCGGUUGAUUGUUUAUUUGGUAACUUCGAUACAAAAUUAUUGGAAGAAAUAAUGGAUGAUACAGUAAAGGAUUGUAAUGUUUUGCAAUCUUUAAUAGAAAAAUUAUUUAAACUCUACUCGCACAAAAUAAAUUGAUUAGAUCAUAAAUUUUAAAAUUAUUUAGUAUAAUCUUAUGAAUUUUAAUAAAAACAACGAUAGCAUCUUAAUAUCUUGUGUGUUGAUGAUUUGAUAUGUUUUAAAUUUGUAAGUAUGUAAAUCUACAUCUAUAUUAUAAUUUAAUAUUUUUUUUCUAUGUUCGGUAACAAAUGUACAUACUACAUGCCUUAUGAACAUUGUUAUUAAUAUAUACCUAGUAAGUAAACCAUUAAGUAUGUUUAUUGAUACCAUUAAAAUGUUACCACACCAGUGAGUUUUAAAUCCUUUAUGAAUUGUAUUCAUGUGUAUUGUGUUCAUCUGUUCAACUGACAAAAUAAGUAUUCAAAAUGUUAAAAGUUAUUUAAUCCCUUAUUAAAUAUUAAUAUACAUGUAUAUAUUUUAGAAUUUGUAAAUUUUUAUUGAUUUUUUAAAGUUGGUUAAAAAAUUAUAUUUACUUAAUUAAUUGUAUUUCAUAAUAUUAUAUUUAGAUAAUUUUUUUAUUUGGAUUUAUUAUGAACCUUAUCUGAACAUUUUUUUGUGGAAUAUUGAACUGAUUUCCCACCACUAUGUUAUUUUAUCUUCAACUGACUUGGUGUUCUUGAAAAUAAAAUGAACUAUUGUAAUUAUUUUUAAAGACUUACUUUAAAUCGUACACAACUUUUAGGUAAUCAAUUUUAAGUGAUUUAAUUAAAUGUACUUUCUUAUACAAUAAAUUUAAAACAAGACAAAUGUA